AUGUCGCAAAAUACUGCGCGUUAUAGAGAAGUCCUCUGCGACUUCAUUAAUAUUUAUAGAAAUGAGCCAUGUUUGUGGCAAAUAAAAAAUAAAUUGUACCACAGCAGAUGGUUCGUACUUAUCAAAGAAAAACCGAUAAGCCUUCUUGGUCUAGAGGAACUUUAUGUCAGGCAAUUGACGCUGUCAGAUCAGGCCUAUCCGGAUAUGAAGCAGCGAAAACUUAUGAUAUACCUCGUAAAACAAUCAUGGAUCACGUGA